AGCUCACGUCAAUCAAAGCCUGAUGAAGUGCAGAUGAGGUGCAGGUGGCAAUCUCGCUAAAUGCUGCCAUCUUUGGCCAAACCUUUAAAGUCAGAGCAAGCUGAGGAGAAGAGCGAAUGUGGGCUUAGGCCACGGAAGAUGGAGAUCCAUUUGCCUAAUGUGCCGGUGAUGAAAAUCUUCUCCUAUCUGGAUGCCUUCAGCUUGCUACAGGCUGCCCAAGUAAACAAGAGCUGGAAUUUGGCUGCAACCAGCGACUCCCUAUGGAGGAAGCUGUGUCUGAAGAGAUGGCUCUGUUACGACUUGUCUCCAGAUACCCUGGGUGCACAGACGUGGAAGGAGUACUUUCUUCGCAGAACUAGGCAAGAACACGCUAUGUCUCGGGCAAAGCCAGAAGACUUCAUCUACAAAGAAAUGUCUGGGGACUUUGGAGUUCAGGGAACAGCGUACUAUCUCUCAGGGAGUGGCUUAACAUAUAAUGGACAAGGAAAAUCAAUUGUCUGUGUGGUGACUUCUAUGACUCGGCUUACCACCUGGGAUAUUCGAGAGGGUGCCAUGACCUGGGUAAGCCCAAUACAGCCUACCUGUAUCAUGAGACUGGCCACCCUCCCAGAGCUGUGCCUGGCGAUCACCGUGGAUAUGGAAGCGACCAUCAAAGUGUGGAAUUGUUAUGACAAGGAUGCUCUGGCAACUAACAGCAUGUUCUCUUCCUGUCAAACACUGAAAGCUGUCCUUACAAAAGGUGGUCCAAUCGUCUUGGCAGGUGACGAUUCCGGUAACCUCCACACAUUCAGGAUUCCCGACUUACACCUUAUUUCUAGAGUCCAUGCGUUUGAAUUUGCUGUUAACCAACUCCACUGCUCUCCCCAGAGGAAAUGGGUCUACCUGAAUAAGAAGCACCCACAUGUCUUGCCAAAGGUGUAUCUCAUGAACAGCUUACUGAGGCCAUCGGAAUACCCCGCCCCUGUGUGUACCACUGUCAACUAUACUUUAAGCUUCAAAGCCUUCUGGACCCCGCGGAGGGAAGACAGGAUAACGUUGCUGUCCCAGAGAGGGCCCCGUAAAGUCUCCAAAUUUGUCACAUUUGAUAUAGAGCUGGAAAGGACCGAGGACAGAAUAAACGCUAAAGCACGACAAGUAGCGAGCUUCACGUUACCAAGCGACAUAAAGACCCCAGAAUGGAUGGGAGUCAGUGAUAAGGAUGUGAUUGUGUGUUCAAGUGGGACAUCUCUAUUAGUCUACAACAUGAAUGGCUUCCAGUUGCAGAGACUUCAAGACUACCCAGCAGAGAUCAUGAGAUUACUGGUGGAUCCCCUCCAUGUCAUUGUCACAUAUAUUGAUGGCUCUCUGGAGGUAUACAUGUGGGAGGAGAGUAGUCCAUACCUCAAGAAGUGUUACCACCUACAAAACCCGAGACAUAUGGGGCGCCAAAGCAUGGUUCCCAAAACGCUGUGCGAUAAUGUGAGCAUAAUUCGAGUGGUGACGAAAGGCCCCAACUGCUGUUUUCUGAUGGCAUAUGUUUUGAAAGUCUGCUCUUGAAAACUAAUCGAAUGGGCUGUGUGUCCUCUUCCUCACUGUAAUAAACC